AUGAUCUUCAAGCUCGCAACACCAUGGAUUGUUCUUCUGGCACUGCUGCUGGUACCCACUUGGCUUGGUAGGCUCGCCAAUGCCGAUGAAUCUCUGCAGUCGAGCAACGAGACGGUAAUCAGACGUGGUUUUUGCAUCAUUGGCGGUGGUGCAGCGGGGACCUAUGCUGCUAUUCGCCUCCGGGAGCUGGGUCAGGAUGUUGUGAUCGUGGAAAAGACAGGCCAUCUGGGUGGCCAGGCGCGAACGUACUUCGACCCAGUCACGCGCACCCCGAUCGACUAUGGCGUGAGAGCAUACGAUGAUUCCCCCGAAACUAGGAAGUUCUUCAAACAUUUCGAUAUCCCGAUGGAAAUCGACACAUCAACUAAAGACCUUGAGACCCUGAGAUUCGACUUCCGCACGGGGGCGUCGGUUCCGCCAUAUCCAGGCAAUACCAAGGCGGCCAUUGAGCGCUACACCACAGAGCUACAGCGAUAUUCGUAUCUGUCUCAAGGAUGGAAUCUCUCCGAACAGGUGCCGGAGCCCCUUCUCGAGCCCUUCCAUGACUUUGUCAAGGAGCACGAUCUGGGGCCGGCAUUGGAGAUAGUGGCCAUGCUGAGCGAAGGGAUGCACUAUUUGCUCGACUAUGCAACGGUCUACCCAUUGAAGAUUGUUUCACUGAACCGGCUGAAAGGUAUGCAAAACGGCUACCUUGUUCCCACGCGUCGCAACAUAUCGGAAGUCUACUACGCGGCGCAACAAGAGCUGGCGGAGGAUCUACUGCUUAACAGCACCGUUGUGCAUGCUCGGCGGUCAGAUGAUAAGCUUCACCAACUGACAGUCGAGGCGGACAAUGGCGAGAGAGUCGUAAUUGAAGCAGAUGCGACUAUCAUGGCUCUGCCCCCGAAGACUGACGAGAUGGAUGGGCUCGACCUGGACAGUCUCGAAUCUUUCUUCAUCCGUCAAUUCCAGUACGGGUACGUCUACACGGCUCUGAUCAGGGACAGCGGUCUUCCGGAUGGUACCCGAGUUUUGAACCGCGGUCUCGAUACGCCAUAUAGGCUUCCCGCGUACCCAUGCACAUACUCCAUCCUGUCUUCAGAGGUUCCAAGUGUCCACCUGGUGACAUAUGGGAGUGCAGAAGAGAUGAGCGAGCAGGAAGUUCGAGAUGCAAUUGUCGACGAUAUCCUCCGACUCCAGGGUCUCAAUGCAGCAGAGCCAACAUUUCUUGCCUUUGCAACCCUUAGUCCAUACGACAUGUAUGUCAAUCGAGAGGCGAUAAAAGCAGGGUUCUAUCAGGAUGUGAACGAUUUGCAAGGGCAUCGCAACACUUAUUGGAUUGGAGCCGCUUGGGAGCAUCCGGACUCGUCUGCUAUUUGGAGGUCUGUUGAUCGCUUGCUCCCUGCGAUCAUCGGAGCUUAG